AUUAAUCGAUAAAUUGAAAUCGACUUGAAAUGUAAACAUUCCAUUUUGUUGUUAUUUAAAUGGGAUUUAUGUGGAGGACAACAUGAAGAACAGUACGCCUCAGCCCACCUACGUAAUACUGGGCUCCGGCGGCCACACGGCGGAAAUGUGCCGGCUGACCCAGGCGCUGCUGCAGCAGGCAGACAUCGAGCAGACGAAGAAGUACCAGCCAAUUAGACUGAUCCUGGCUAGCAGUGACUCCACCUCCGAGCGCCAGUUCAGGCAGGCGCUGCCGCAGGCAUCUCAGAAGGCGGAAUUCGUGAAGGUACCACGCAGCCGCAACGUGGGCCAAUCCUGGCUCACCAGCAUCUUCACCAGCCUGUGGGCACUUCUGUGGAGCUGCUAUAUGGUCUGGCGGGAUCGCCCCCAGCUGAUCCUCUGCAAUGGACCCGGCACCUGUGUGCCUUUCUGCUACGCCGCCUACUUGUGGCGCCUCUUCGGACGCCUGCCCUCCCACUCCAGGAUAGUGUUCGUGGAGAGCUUUUGCCGCGUGGAGACGCUCUCGCUUAGCGGACGCCUGCUCCUGCCGCUGGCGGAUCUCUUUGUGGUCCACUGGCCAGCGUUGGCCACGCGCUAUGUGGGUAAGAAGAACGUGCGAUAUUUUGGGCGCAUCAUUUAACAGUUUUUUAAUAACAAAUAAAACGAAUUCUGAAAAACUUAA